AUGCCAGCUCUUGGAGAAGUGCUCAAAAAGUUCAACCCCUGGCACAAGGGUACUUACCACCCCCCCCAACCCAUCUCACAGGAAGAGCCCCUACCACCACCCUUCACAGCUUCGACAGCCUACCUGCUGUUGGCCCUCUACGCCCUCAUCUACUUCAUCCCCUUCUACCUCUCCCCCACCACCCGGCCAUCGCCCACCCUCUCCCGCGAUGCCCCCUCGGUGAUCCGAGCCCGGAUCCGUUCCGUCUCCCUGUCCUGUGCCAUCUGCACACUCACCACCUCCCUAAUCCUCUCCCGCUAUGCCUCCCUCUCACCAUCAGCAAUCUUCCAUCUCCUAGGAGUCUACCCACUAGCCCUGAUCCCAGCAGUCAAAAUCCUCUUUUUGACCGCCCUCCUCUUCCUGGGCCCCUUGUACAGCUACUUCAUAGUUGAAAAAGGCUACAAACAAUGGUCCACCCUCCUCCCACUGCGAGAAACCGUAACAGAAUGGACCGACUACCAAGAAAUCCUCUUCCGCUCCUCCUCCCUCCCACGCCUCCUCCUCUCCCAGGCCCCCCUAUCCAGCACCCUCUUCCUCUCCCCCCUCAUCUUCGGCCUCUCCCACAUCCACCACUUUUACGAAUUCCGCCUCACCCACCCCGCCGUCCCCGUCUCUGCUUCCCUUUUGCGGUCCGUAUUCCAAUUAGGGUACACCACCCUCUUCGGCUCCUACGCCAACUUCCUCUACCUCCGCACCGGCAGCCUCCUCGGCGUCUGCGCCGUCCACGCCUUCUGCAACUGCAUGGGCCUCCCCCAGGUCUGGGGACGGGUCACAGACGAGAACGGGGACAAGAAGAUCAACCGGCUCUGGACGGUGGGGUACUAUGUCUUGCUGGUGGCGGGGGCGUGGUCGUGGUACAGGAAUCUGUGGGGGUUGAGCGAGAGUGUUGAGACGGGGUUGGUUGGGGUUGAUCAGUGGUGA